GAAGCAUAGGAGGAGGAAAGAGCCAUCGUGGAGAGGAAAAUUAAUUGCCCGCUGCAGGUUAUUGGCUGGCUGCACCGCCACAGAGGCUGCUGUUGUUCCAGCGUGGGGAGGAUGCUGCAGAAGAGGAGAGAGCGGCGAGCAGAGAGCUGCAGAUCUCUCUGCUGACUCCCGAUGCACCGCCGGCUCCUUUUCAUCCGUCUGUAGAGAUGCACGGCCGCUCAGACUGGGAGGGAAACGCCACAUAUCUGUUUUAAUUUGGAAGAAAGCCAAAGGAAGACGAGCAGGUGGGGACGCAAGUGUGCCGGUUUUACCCACUUCAGGAUUACCUUCUGUGGGAGGAGAAGGCGACUGAUUCCCCUGGGGAAAUCAAGGAGUGGACGGUUCCCAAAACAUCUGGAAAGGAGCGAGACUAAGCCGGAUUUAACCUCUGUAGAGAAAUGACGGAGCAGCAAAGGAAAUCAAAGGAUGAAAGGAUAGAGGAGGAGAAAGGAGAGAAGGCCGGCGCUCUCAGGGUCUAGCUCCUCUCAGAAAACCUGCCGGCUGCUCCAGGAGGAUUUUGGGGGGGGGAUUACACGGAGAAUAAAGUCAGCUUCAUGGCAGACAGAGGGCGACUGUUUGAGGCUGAAGUUUGGUGAAACAAAGCCGGUCUUCACCUGUGUGGAUUAUCAGACCUGGAGGAGGAUUUUUGGGGAUUGAGUUGUUCACAAAUUGAUUUUUAUUUCUGGUCGACAAAGAUUUAAAGAUACUUGGAAUUCAGUGCAGUGACCUAAACACUGGAAAUUUCAUCCACUGAGGAAAAUAAUUAGUAUAAUUUUCUGUUUAGUGGCACAUUUGGAAAAUACAGAUCCAUCAGCCUUGGGUCAUUUGCUGAAUUAGACGCACAUAACUGAAAAACAAACUGUCAAAAAGGGAUUUUGAGAAAUUCCCAGAAUAGCAUCUCUCCAUUUAAACGCCUUUCACGCUGCAGUUUUUCUCUUCCUCUGUUUUUUCCUGUGAUCACACUUUUUUAAUCCUCCCUCUUUUUCUGGGUGUCUUUUGCUCCUUUUCCCUCUGAGACGUCUGACAGGAAUCCUGUGUUGGAUCAGGGUGCAUAAAACAGGUGCUGAUGACAGAUAACAGGUGCAGAGAGGCGCAGGUAGACUCUGAUAAAGCCAGAUAACUGAUGCUCGGUGACAGAAGCAGCAGGUGAUACAGGCUGAAUGUGCUUCUGCAGAGAGUCGAUCCUGUCUGUCAUCUUUCUGCAGGCUAAUCGAGGACCGUCUGUGGGCAAGGUGGGUGAGGUGGGCGGUGAUAAAACCGGAGGGAGACGCUGUUCUCUGCAAAAAACCAACAUGCAAAAGGAGAAAAGUUAAACAGCCCCGAGCAGCGAGUGAGAAACAAAUCUUUACUUAGAAUAAAAAAGUGAAGGAAAAGAUUCAGAAACUGCAGAGCACUGAUUUUUAAAACAACCUUUUACACAGAAACAUGCAGGCACAGGAAACACCUGUCAGUAAAUAUUCAUCAUCAGAUCAUUUUGGAGCUCACAGGUUUGUCUUUGAAGAAACUUCAGCUCUUUAACACAAUAAAAUACAGUUUACAAAACCAAAUGUGCUUCGAGACUUUGCAGCUAAAUUUAGAUUUUUUGAGGGAGAAACAGCAAAAAGGACAAACAGAAAUCAGGCUCAAGAAGGAAACGACAUGUGAUACUCAACUGGAUAUUAAAACACACAGACAUAAACGGAGAGACACGAAGUGUGGACGUGGCAGAAAAGACUCAAGUAGACACAUAAAAGUGGCCAAAAGUGCACAAAAACGACAGAUUUACUGAUAUAACAUGGGAGCAUUUCCCAUCUGCAGACAUCAAAGCUGAGUGCAAACGUGACACUUUGGACAGAAACGCUGGAUUCAGAGAGGAGAGGCUGAAAUGUGGAGUCACUGCUAAAAGCACAAAUGCUGCUUCUCCUUUCUGACCCUACAAACGCAUCUUCAAUGCCACAGUGCUCAAAGCAUUCAGCUCUAAACACAACCAACCUUUUAUUCCACUGAUGUCAAGUUCAGGUGCCUAAAGAUGUUCUGAAAGUCGUCAAAAAACACAAAAGCACAAACUUUGAUACAUAAAAUAAAAAACAAAUCUCUUGUUCGGUUUGUUAGGUGAGCGGUUUGGUUAUAAAACCACAUUUUAAAGUUCAAACAGUAGAAACAGAGGCUGGCUGUUUCAAAAGAAAAAAAGAAGUUCUUGGUCUUUUACUUCUGCACAGACACGAUCAGCUCGAUUUUUAGACAAAAUGUUUACAGUGGAGCUUCUUAUUUCUUGUGGUGAUUCAAACCUCAGAUGAAUAAUUGAGAGCUCUUGAACCUCGCUCAUCAAAAAACUGUUCCAAUCUUUUAUUGAAGCUCUUGGCGUUUGCAGUAUUUCAAAAUUUCUGACACAAGCCAGCAGCCUGUUAGAGUCAGUCAGUUUGGGGGAGAAGGAACGUCGUUCUAAACGCUCACUGAUGUUCACAUGAAUUAUUGAAGUGAACUGAAAACAGUUUACAACCGGGAGGAGAGAUCUUUUCUUCAGUUCUUAUUAACCGUCACAGGCCUCGACUCCAAACGCACCUCAGGAGACACAAAAACUAACAUUUAGCUGGAGAGUUUGUGUUUGAUUAGAGGCGUAAAAAAGAGGCUCAGAUUUAAUCUGUUUUGGAAAAGCAGGAAAAAGAAUUUUUUAAGCGAAGAACCUUUUUUUUCCUGUUUGCAGGAACACACACUUUAUUUAUCCAAAGAAACAGAGAUCACACAAAUGUCAUCCUUUAUUGAGUUUGAAGUUUGUCGUCUAUAAACUUUCAGCUGUCACAUUUACUCUAAACAGAAGCUGAAAACACAAUUUGCAGUCAUUUUCUUCUCCAUCAGCUUUCCUGCACUCAUCAUUUUUUAAAAGCACCACAAUUUGGAUCUAUUAUGUUUUUAUUCAUCACUCUCACAGAAGCUACCAAAUUUAUUCAAAACACAGAGAGAAGCAAUUUGUUUUGUCAUUAAGAUAAAAUAUUCAGUGCGGGACAAAAAUCAAACCAUUUCUGCUGCAAACAUCCAACAAACUGAAGCUCAAGUUGAUUUAAACUAUUUGAUAUUUGCACUGAGACCACAGCUGCGACCAACAGCUGAAUGAUGCUGUAAGCACACGUGUACGUGCUCUCUGUGGGAGCCGUGAACGAGCACUCGGACUUCAUCCUUGCAUCAGGACAGAUUCAGCCACUGUUUGUUUUUGCUUAAACAAAUUGGACUGAUUUUUCAUGUUAACAGUUUCAAGCACAAACCGGAGAGCGCCUUCCUCCUCCUCCUCGUCUUUCCCCCUGUAGGGCUGAAACAAUCUACCGUGCAUGAAUAAAAAUUAAUUUGGAUGAAAAGUGUCUCGCCUCCUUGCCGGCCACAGGACGCCAGAUAAAAGGUGUUUACUGCGAAGAGCUGUUUGAGCAACAGAACGCCGCCAUAUUACGACAGAAACAGAGCCGAACGACGUUUGUGCUGCUUUUGUCUUUGUUUCAUCAUUACUUCUGCUUGCGAGUGGGAAACAGCGAGAAACAGAGAAGUGGGUUUUACUUUUGUCUUUAGAGCAGAAAACAGGACACGACGUAAACUCGGCUUGAGUCUCAGCUGGGUGUUUCCUUUCUUGUCUUUGAAGGAGAACUUGUGACUCUGAGCUGAUAAAAGGAGCUGCACAUGUUUGGAGACACUUCAGGAAACACAUCUGGGGAUUCUCAGAUGAAGUGGAAAUCUCACUUUACUGUUUAAAAACUACAAGUACCCUACUCUGGAGCAUGUUUGUCUAAAACCUGACUGAGUUUGAAGAACAAGCACAGAUCUGCUACACAGAUAACUGCAGCUUUUACCUGUUUGAAAUAAAUCAGCAUACAUUUGAAUCAUUUUUUGAUACAUUUCUUGACAGAUUUCCUCACAGCCUUAUGGUUAAAACAAAGAGCAAGAAUAAAACUUUUUAGAUACAGGAUCUUUAUCACCGGGGGAAUAAAGAUUUCACUUCGUUUUGGCUCAAAACUGAUGAUUUGUUCUCAAUUUGGAACCUGAUUUUAGGUCAAAGGUCAGUGGGUGAUUAAAAAAGGUUAAACAAGCAAGAUCUCGAACACAUCAGAUUUGGAGGUGAAAGGUCAGACAGACAAGCUGGAUUAUCGAUACAGACUGGCAGCUGUUUCCUGAGGGACCUGCGGUGACAGAGAACAGACGACAGAGAUUCAGAUCAAGAGGACAGACAGACCGAGACGCCAUCAUGGGCUGCAACAUGUGUGUGGUCAAACGUCCAGAGGAGCAGUACAGGAUCAUGUUCCAGCAGAAAGGCUGGAGUAACUCCCUGCGGCCGAUGGACAGACACGGAAACGUAAAGCUCAGAGGAAGAAGACCCUCUCAGCUGCUGCUAGACCGAUCGCAAAACUCCCAGGAGCCUUUGAGCCAGUCUGGGCUGGUUUGCAAAAGUCACAGGAGGAAAGGUACGUUGGUGUGCGGUAACGGGACGGUCAGCUCCUCCGUCUCUUCUGUUGCCAUGGUGGCGAUCCCCGACUGUGUUGACAACGCAACGCAGACUGACAUCAGUUUCCAGAACACUCUAACCCUGGGGAGAAGCAGGGGUCACCAUCACCACCACCACCAGGGUCAGGGAGGCUCCUCCUCUCCCCCACCACCUCCUCCAUCGCCUCCCCUCCCUCACCUGGCAGUGCCGUACGAGAUCAAUGAGUUCUGUGUGUUUGAAUACAACGACCCCAAUGACUACUUUGAUGUAUCCAACCACGAGGUGGACAGGCAGGAUGACCUGGAAUAUGAGGAGGUGGAGCUGUACAAGUCCAGCCAGCAGGAGAAGCUGGGUCUGACGGUCUGCUACAGGACGGACGAUGAGGAGGAUCUCGGCAUUUAUGUUGGGGAGGUUAAUCCGAACAGCAUCGCAGCCAAGAACGGACGCAUCAGAGAGGGCGAUCGAAUACUGCAGAUUAACGGCGUGGAUAUUCAGAACAGAGAGGAGGCCGUGGCCAUUUUGACCCGAGAGGACAGCAUCAACUUCUCCCUGCUGCUGGCCAGGCCCGACAUAGAGAAUGAAAACCCCAUCGAUCUAGAGGAGGACAUGGAGCUGACUCUAGAGGGAGCAGACUUUCCUUCAAACCCACGCACUUCAUGCUCUCUCAACUCCUCUCAUAUUUCUGCCUACUACCGCCUCCACCAAGGAGGAGAAGGCAGUUCAUCCUGUCCUGUUGGAGGAGCAGGGGGAGGCAGAGAAGGUGAGGUGGAAGAUGAAGAGGAUGAAGAAGGAGAGGAUGGCGAGCGAGGAGAGAAGGACGACAAAGAGCCACCGGUCCCCCUCCCUCCUCUGCUGAACUUGGCACCUCUGCUGUCCAACAGCCAGGAGCUGGACAGCGGGGUGGGUCGGACAGAUGACAGCACCCGCUAUGAGGAUACAUCUGAACAUGACCUGCUGGGUGAUCAGACCAGUGCCUGUAACACCAACACCACCAACACACCAGGCAGCACCAGGAAGUUCAGACCUGGACCGAGCCCCAGGCCAAGUCCUAGACCCAGUCCUGGCCUCGGCCCCAGCCCUAGGCCUAGCCCUAGCCCUGGGCAUGGUCGAGGAGACACCACCCCUCCUUUCCUCCACCUGCGUGAUCUCCAGCUCAGCUCUGACUCUCUCCCAGGUCUGGACUGGGCAGCUGGAGGAGGAACAGCAGGAGCAGCGUACAGUCCCCACCACCAUCACCACCAUAAGCAUUACCACCACCAUCACCAGCCUCUGACAAUGACCAUGAUGAUGCCGGGCCUGACGGAGGAGGAGUGCCAGCGUUACCAAGAGCUGUUAGAGAUCAAGUAUCAAUAUGAGAGACAUUUGGAAAGAUGCAGGAGAGAGCUGGAAAAGGAAACCACUGAAGCAGAAGUUAAAGGCCGAGAGGACGACGACGAGGCAGCGGAGGAAGCUGAAGGCACAGCUUCUGAAUCGGUAGUGGACGUGAACAGCAAAGAGAUGCUAAGUGAGCACGAGUUGGCGCUGAUCGAGGAGGAGCUGCGCCACCUGGAGUUUAAGUGCCGCAAUAUUCUCCGAGCGCAAAAGAUGCAGCAGCUCAGGGAGAGAUGUCUGAAAGCCUGGAUGAUGGAGGAGGAGACGGUGGCGGGUGGAGCGGGCCGACCAGGACCCUCUGAAGGAGAUUUGGAUAACGAGGACAAUGACGAUCCUCAUCACCACGAGUUGUCAGCCAUCAACGAACUCCCGGAGCGCGAGCGAUCGGACGACAAAGACAGCACCAGUGCCUACAACACCGGAGGGGAAAGCUGCCGGAGCACGCCAUUGGUCAGCACGGAGCAGAUCCCGCCUCUUCAGGAGGAUGAAGAUGAAGGAGGCAGACGCCUGACCUCUCCGCCUCCCCUCCUCCCCCUCAGUCGCCUCCCCCCUCUAAACUCCCCCUCACGCCUCGACGUCACAGGAGGGACCGAGACAGAGAGCGGCGUCACUCAAACCUCAGCUGCUCCUUCUCCCCGAGCACCUACAGGAAGUACGAAACCUCCAAUGGAAACUUUGCAAAUGGCUCAAACUCCACCCCCUCUACGCCUUCAAAGUUCAGAGAAACGGGAUCAGCUUCUAGAAGGGGUAUGGCUGAUGGAGGGCGGAGCUCCAGAGCAGGUGGAGCCACCUACAGGCCUGAAGGCGGAAGUGCAGAGUCGAGCCCCUAUUUCACCCGGAGGCAGCACAGCCACAGCAAACCAGACAGAGCCAGGGCAGAGGGGGGGAGAGGGGGUAGCCACAGGCAGCAGUGGGCCGGCAAGCCCGAGGAUUGUGAACAGCGCCCCCUGUGGUCUGGAGGACCACCAUGCAGGUGCCUCACGGUUAGGACUGGCCUUACCCCUUGGACUGACGCAUUCAUCACCAAACGCGUCUCCACAGCGCAUGGAGUGGAAGGUAAAGAUUCGCAGCGAUGGGACUCGCUAUGUGGCCAAGCGGCCGGUCAGAGAUCGUCUGCUGAAGGCCAGAGCCAUGAAGAUCCGCGAGGAACGCAGCGGCAUGACGACAGACGAUGAUGCUGCCAGUGAAAUGAAACAGGGUCGAUACUGGAGCAAAGAGGAGAGGAAGCAGCAGCUGCUGAGAGCUCGAGAGUACAGAAGAAGAAGAGAGUUCAUGAUGCAGAGCCGCCUGGACUACAUGAGAGGAGACAGGGAUCUUUUGUCAUCGGCAGGGGGCGCUGAAGAGCCCCAUUUAUCCCAGAGCCUCCAGUUUAAUGUGCAGCAUAACUCCCCCAGCAGCAACAUCCUGCAGCUGAGCCAGAAGAAAAUCACAAAGAGGAGGAAUCGUCGCAUUCUCGACAACUGGAUCACCAUCCAGGAGCUGCUGGCUCACGGCUCGAGGUCACCGGAUGGAAAGAAAAUUUACAACCCUCUGCUGUCUGUCACUACUGUGUGAUCUCAACAAGGAGAGGAGGAAAGAGUGAGAUCAAGGAGACGAUGGAAACACACAGCAUGGACCUUGAAGUGAAGCUCAACGCUCUUUUUUUAUAGAGUUAAAAACGUAAACACACCAAAAAGAGAGAAACUUUGGAUGGAAAACAAACCUUUUUACUUUAUGACAUCACUUCAAACUCAUUAGAGAUACACGGAAAGACGCACGAGCCUCGAAAGGAAACAGAAACUUCCUGUUCUGGCCUCGGCUCUUAAUCUUCUGCACUGGCCUGGCUGUGACAGUCUGAAAAUAGCACAGGUUUGAUCUCCUGGUCCUUCAACCAGGUGCAAAGUCACAUCGCUGUUAAUUACAGAUGUUUUCUGUGAGUAGCAAAUUUGUGCUUGUGCUAAGAUUUUUCAAUCAAGGAAAAAUGACUAUAAGUGUAAUUUUAAGAGAAAAAAAGGCCAGAAGAAUGGAAGUUUAUGGAGGAUUAAAACUGAAAACAUCACAAAUAAAGGAAGGAAAACAUGAACGUUUUCUUUCACCUUCAUUAUUUUUUGAUAUUCUAGGUUCGACCCCCGUCAGCUGCGUGGGGUCCUCAUGUUUGCUGUGUCUGGUGGCUUCUCUCGGGACUCCAGCUUCCCCUCCACACUGGUCGCAGGUGUGGGGGCUCUCUGUGAUAAACUGGCAGCCAGUUCAGGGUGGACCCUGCUUCUGACCCCGUGGAAGCUCGAAUAGGAACAACAUUCCUACCACCAUGAACUGGAUAAGCAAUAUUUAUCUGUAUGUGAUAUAUGAUAUCCCUACUUAUCUAUCCAAACGUAUUGUUGUUCAUUCAAAACAAAUCAGUUUGGAAAGAAACAGGAGUGAAAAUUCCAAAACUUUAUAGAUGAAAAAUAAAUAAAUUAAUACAUUUAAAAACAAACUACAUGAAUGAAAUGAUUACAAAAUGAUAAAAAACAAACACUAAAAACUGUAAAAAUUCAUGUAUUUGAAAAGUUUUGGUCCUUCAUGAACUCCUCGGCGUCACGUGUGAAGCAGCGACAACACUGCCAGGAAGGAAGUGACAUCACUGUUUAAGGACAAUACAUAUUUACUCAAACGUAUACUGAUACUGAGUAAAAUAUGAUUACACUGUGGAAGAUGAGCAUUGAGCUGCUGUGUGAUCUGUGCUGUCACGGUUACACACACAACACCUGUCUUUUAAUCAUCAUCUGUAAAUCGCUUUCUCAGAAAACCUUUUAAAGUUAUAACUUUUCUAAACAGUUUAUUCAUGUUGAUCAUUGAUAUAUGUUAAAUGUUAAGUCUAAUAUUGUUGUUAAAAUUUUAUAAAUUUUAUAGACUGUGUUGUGUAUCCUGCAGGAGCGAGCUGCAGGUCCGUCGUUGUGCUGGACCUGCAGACUGCGUAGGUGUUCAACAGAGAAUGCAUGAAAAUGAUGUACUGGACUGUUAUUGGAUAUCAUUCUUACAGUGCUGUAGAGUACAUUUUUAGCAGUGAAAGAUGUGAAAGUGUUAAAAUAAAAUAAAAAGCCAGAUGAAAAAUAAAACAUGUUUCCUGCUUUCUUUGGUACGUUUGGACAUUCGUUUGUUUUU